AAACAUAAUCAAUACUUGCAUUAAAUGCUUUGGCCUGUUGCAGCAACUGUGCCACCAUAAUUAGAAAAGUCAUGACUCUCCUGAAAACACAUACGUGUCAGUUGUGUUUUUUAUUUCAAUUAACUAUUUAUUGUUUUAGUAAUUCAAAGCGAACGAGCUGUGUUCUCAAUACAGUACAUUCAAAAAUAUUAGUGACGUCACAAUUACUAAUCAAGUAGAUAAUAAGACAAAUCAAAUAAGACAAAUCAUCAGAGGUGUAAAGUAAGUAUUUUUACUUUAAUCAAGUGUGUUGAACUUCUGAGUGUUCUCUAAUCUACUAAUUUAGGAGCAAAUCUCCUCAUACUUAGUUCAUACAAGUUGUUAAUGUCUGUUAGAUGUAAGGUGAGCUAUAUUUUCUAAGACUCUGUGUAAGUUGUAAUAUCACGCACGCACACAUUGUUCAUGAUUAUUGUGGCCAAUUACUAUCACAGUAUUGCCAAUUUUAUGUCAUUUUAUGGCUUUGCACAUUUUAUUUAUUUAUUCACCCAAACACACCUCGUAGGCUAGCUUAUAGUGUAGUUAUUAUUAGCUAGAAUCGACAAACUUUAUCAACCAGCACAUGCACACACUUUCAAUCGAAUUAUUUCCUUUAUUUCUCGGCUCAUUUCACGCCCUUCUCGACAUAUCCGCUUGUAUAAUAAUACAGUGAUCAACGGCACAGUGUGCGGAGCCACGAGGUGAAUGAGAAAACCCAUCAUAUCAGUGAACGCGCAUCACUUCUGCCAGCGCGGAUACGCGCAACCGAGCCGCAUCGCAGGCGCGCAUUUCUCACAUUAUCCUGAGAUGAACACAUUGCCUUUCUCUGAGAGCACCUGAUACCUCUCAAAUAUCUGACAACCUCUCGCGUCUACUUGCUUAAAUCCUGGUUUCCGGUACUUUAUCCUUUCUGGUUAAAGCAGAAGAUUGCUAAGUCCAAGUACUCAGCUCUGGGAUGUUUGAACUAACCUCUGGAUUCCGACUUCUGCCUAUGAAAACAUCCCCGAAAAUUCCCAAGCCUUUACGAGCAACGCAAGGAAUAUGAAUUUCACCACAGGCUAUCAGCUCACAAACACCUUGCUGCCUUUGAACGGCUCUCACGAGGACUUCAUGAGCGAUGUUUUCCUCCACCGGAGUGCAGAGCUGGAGAGGCUUUUGCUGCUGACCAUCAAGGAGCCCACCACCAUCUCCCUCACAGUCAUGUAUUCGCUAUCAUUUGUGGUGGGCUUCAUUGGAAAUCUCAUGGCCAUUCGAAUGCUCACCUGCCAGAAAACGAAUAGGAUGCAGAGCAUCAGUGCCACGCGGACUUUACUCAUCAACUUGUCGGUGUGUGACCUGAUGGUGGUUUGCAUCUGCAUGCCCAUCACCCUCGGCCACACCAUCUACACCGCGUGGGUUUACGGAGACCUCCUGUGCAGAGCCGUCCCGUUCAUCCAGGCCGUGUCUGUUUCGGCCAGCGUUCUCAGUUUGACCGUCAUCAGCGUUAAUAGAUACUACAGCGUUCACAGUCCACUCAGUUCCCUUUCCUAUUUUACACAGAAAAAGAUCUACAUCACUAUUGUGUGCGUGUGGGUCGUAUCUUCUGCUAUCUGUGCGCCGCUACUUUUCAUGAUUAAGUUAGAUGAGAUCCACCUGAUCGACAUCAGCGUGCCCAUUUGCAGGGAGCUUUGGCCCCAUGCGAGACUCAAACAGGCCUACAACGUGCUUCUUUUUGUGGCUCUCUACUGCAUACCUGUGACCUUCAACCUGAUCAUCAGCUUUUUGACCGGCAGGAAGCUUUGGAAGGCUUCUCAACAUUUCGCCGACUUUGACCCGCACAGCCAGGCCACGCACGCUUCACGCUUAAAAAUGCGCAAGAAGAUCGCCAAGGUGGUGGUCACUUUGGUCAUCCUGUUCGCUGUCUCCUGGCUACCGCUGUACGUGGCAGAUAUUGUUAUUGACCGAGAGGUUCAUCCGCCUCACUGGGUUUUGCAAGCUCGGCCUUUUGCCCAGUGGUUGGGUCUCACUAACUCCAGCCUCAACCCCAUCUGCUAUUGCUUCUUAGGAGAUCUGUACCGUUCGGCCAGAGCAGUCCGGUCGAAGUAUCAUCAGAGGAUGCUCUCUGCCUUUAGGUCCUCCAGCUCUGUUAAACUGUCCAAUUUGCUCUCGCUCAAAAGCCAGCGAUCUGUCCGGCGACACGGUGCCGAGAGCCAGGAGUCAGUGGAGACCCUGUCUGACUGGUGUCCCAAUAGCAGCCAAAUGGUUUCCCUCCAAAGUCUCUCAGAGCGAACUGUAUUUAAAAGCAAUACUGAAUUGUCUCAAUUGUAGUCUGGGUGCUUAUUAAGGACGCAGGAUGCACUUAAGUGUUGUUUAUUCAGUGUUGUGAAAUAGCGUGCACUUCAGGGCUGGCCAUAUGCCACACCACACUAGAAUAAUAGCAAAGUGCUUUGAUACAACAUUAGCAUAUAGAUUGUAUCUGUAUUCACUGUCUGCAGUUACAGGGCAUCACAAUAAGCAUUUUACAUGUAAUUGGCUUGAGACUGUAUAUAAGAAAGACUCAUUUGUGUAGAUAUAACAAUAUUUGUACAUAAAUGCUUAGUUUAUGUAAAAGCAGAAUAAAAGCAUUUUCAUUAAUGAUGAGAAAAAACUGUACUGUAUAGUGAGAAAUAAAAGCAUGUAAAACCACAUUCAAGAAGAUUGCUUUUCGAUUAAAUAGACAAAUUACAGAAUGAAUGAAUUCGGUCUUGAAAGCCUUGUAAAGACUACACCGUAGCAAUUCUAUGUCAUUAAAUACACUGUGCUUGAUUGUAAAUAUUCAUUUUCACUUGGCUUUUUCAAUAAAAUGAAUACACCUUGAGAUGGUUCACUCAUCAGCCAGGGACUAAAGUCUUUGGAUGAGAAUCCACCCAUCCAUACAAGAAUGUGCACACGAUUUCACAUCACGCAGCCCACUUCGUUUUAUUCAUCAUGAGACUUUUAUUUACUAUGGGAAGAUGGGAUUUUAAAAUCAAGAACCAACAUUUGUGAAGGCUUAAGAGAUUCCAGCAUGUUUUGUUUGUCCUGAUGACAUCCAGAUAACAUAGUGGAAAGACUGCAAAUUUAUGUUUAUGAAUUCUUCUCUCAGGAAGAGCUCCUUCUUUCCUUUGCACAGAUGCGUUAUCACCAUCACUUACAUUACUCUUCAUAUUCAUGCUGAUUCUGAUAAGCAACUGUCAGUGUGUAGAAUGGAGCUUGAUUAGGUUAUAAUACACAAUGAUGCUACUUCACUUUAGUAAAAAAGAGAGCAGAUUUUUGAAACUUGAUGAAUGGUAAUUUGGAGUUGCGGGCCGCAGCAGCCUGAGUUCAAUGUCUGUCACAGGAACAGGGCGUUACAGAAGGUACGAACAGCAUUUCUUGAAUAAAAAACUCAGAGCAGAUGGUAUCAUCCUGGCAUCGAAUGUAUAUAUCUCAAUCCAACACGUUGUUUAUGUUUAUAUUUUACAUUUGAAUUCAACUGAGGGCUUAGUGGAUGUUUACACUGCAAAUGCUGUAUCACCAGCCCUGCGUCACAUUGGCUUAUCUCUUUUCAAUUAUCCAGUCGACUAAUUCAAUUUAACCAGUUUAGUGUAGCCCUAAUGAAACUCGAUAAGGCACUUUGAAUUCAUUCUCUUAUGACGAGGGUCAUAUCUGCUUCAAUUACAAAU